AUGUCUAAGAGAGGUCGUGGUGCCGCCUCCGGCAACAAGCUCAAGAUGACCCUCGGUCUGCCUUGCGGUGCCGUGAUGAACUGCUGCGACAACUCCGGUGCCCGUAACCUGUACAUCAUCUCGGUCAAGGGAAUCGGUGCCCGCCUGAACCGUCUCCCCGCUGCCGGUGUCGGUGACAUGGUUAUGGCCACCGUCAAGAAGGGAAAGCCCGAGCUCCGUAAGAAGGUCAUGCCCGCCGUUGUCGUCCGUCAGAGCAAGCCCUGGAGAAGACCCGACGGUAUCUACCUGUACUUCGAGGACAACGCUGGUGUGAUCGUCAACGCCAAGGGUGAGAUGAAGGGAUCCGCCAUCACCGGCCCCGUCGGUAAGGAGGCUGCUGAGCUCUGGCCCCGUAUUGCUUCCAACUCCGGUGUCGUUAUGUAA